AUGAAAACCGCAGAGCUGCGGAUUGCUGGUCUGGACGACUCCGUGACCACCGAGGAGGUGGUGGCGGCCGCUGCCCGAAGUGGUGAGUGUCCGCCAGACAAUGUGCGGGCCGGCGAUAUACGCGCUGACGCCUCUGGACUCGGCGUGGUCUGGAUUCGGUGCCCCGUGGCGUCAGCGAAGAAAAUCGCUGAAAGCGGCAGGUUGCUGAUUGGCUGGGUUGCAGCGCGGGUAAAACUGCUGCAGCCCCGGGCUCUGCAGUGCUUCCGGUGCCUGGAGAAGGGGCACGUCCGGGCAAAAUGCACCGCCGAGAUCGACCGUAGUGAUCUUUGCUAUCGCUGCGGUCAGCCCGGCCACAAAGCGACCCAGUGUUCCGCAGCGCUCAACUGCAGUCUUUGCUCGGCUGCAGGAAAACCGGCGGGACACAAAGUGGGCGGAGGGGCCUGUGGUGCACCCGCCACCAACAAGGCCCAAACGAGGAGGAAAAAGAACAAGAAGAGGAGCUCUAAGCCUGCCGGGGAAACCUCGCCACCCCCGCAGGCCAGAAACUCCGCGGCCGACUCCCGGUCCAGGACUGUUGCCGAGGGAAUGGACUGUCAAUAA